GCCCUCAGACCGCGGCCCCGCCGCCGGCCCUUGCACGCUGUGCGCUCGCGGGGGUGGCGAGUUCGACCCUCCUCCUGCUGUGGCCGCAGCUCUCGGGCUUUGUUGUGAAGGUUGCACGCCGGCAGCGUGCCCGCGGGGGAGGAGCGCGCAGCUCUGAAAUGUUGGAGGAAAAACUGGAGCUAGUGCCAGAUCAAACAACUUGAGGAGAACAAAUGGAGAACUUGUCAAAAGAAACCUGCAUCCUGGGACAGAAAAGAGAAGACUUCGGUGCGGAAUUUCAGUUUCAUCCAAACUCCUCCAAAAAAACAGAUUUUUUCAUCCAAGCAGAAGAUGAAGCACUGAAACUUUCGGAUUUGUCAGUAACCAGUCAAGGAAGACCUCCAAAUAUGUGUGCUCAGUUCAGUUCCAGUCCUGGAGAGUCAAGUAGUGCUGUAGAGAGAAGGGGGAAAAUACUCCCUGAAUGUAUAUCCUCAUGGGAAGAUGCCACAGGUUUUGGUGGAAAGACAGAAACUUCAUUCCUCUUAAAAGAAUUGGACACCCUAAGGGCCAAAAAUAAAAAGCUUCAAGAUGAGUUGUUGGAAAAGGACAAGGAGUUGAAGACAAUAAAACUGGACUUAGAACUGCAAGAGAGAGCUACAGAAGCUAAGAUUGCAGAAAAGAUUGCAGCUCUGGUGGAAGAAGUUUAUUCUGCUCAACGGGAACGUGACAAGGCUGUCAUGGCAAGGCUUAGGUUAGCCAACGAAGAGAGAGAUGAAGCAUUUCUACGAGUACGGCGUUUAGAAGAGUCACUCAAAGAGCUAGAAAAUAUUAACCCUGAAGAAAAUGACAUGACAUUACAGGAAUUACUGAACAGAAUAAACAAUGCAGACACAGGGAUAGAUAUACUGAAGAAUGGAGCUAUAAUUCUGAAUCGAAUACACAGGACCAAGGAACGUAAAAAGAAAAUAAUAGCUGAGGAAAUGAAUGCAGUGAUAGAAGAACGGGAUGCUGCUUUGUCUCAAUGCAAACGGCUAGAGCAGGAGCUUCAUCAUCUGAAAGAGCAGAACCAGACUUCAGCAAACAACACGAGACAUCUGACUGCUGAAAACAAUCAAGAACGUGCUCUGAAGACAGAAUUGAUAGCCCUGCAACAAGAAAAAGAAGCCACUCUUCAGCAGUGCAGAAAGUUAGAAGAAGAAAUCCAGAGAUUGCGCAUACAUUACAGUUUACACAAACCUUUGUCUCAAGGAGUGAGCCUGAAGGACUGGCUUCGCUGUGCUUUCAGUACUUCUGAAGGUGGCCUGAAAGACAGGGAGGACGUUGUGACCAUUACCUAUGGCCAGCUUGAGGACCUGGCAGCUCAGCUGCAGCAAGCUCAGUCCGAGCAGCAGGACACCAAACUGAAGCUUCAGAAGGCCUUGGAGGCUUUGAAGGAGGCCAACGAGAAGGUUCAGAAAAAUACUUUUUGGGAGGAUGACUAAGUGUGAGCUGCCAUGCAUCCAGAAGAAGUCUGUGGGCAUCCUUGCCUUAAACUGGAUAGAUGGGGAGUUCAUCUACCAGUCUGAGCCCGUUAUGAAGGGCUUAUCGCAACUGGGAGCUUCACUAAAUCCUUUCUUCUUCCUUCCAAACCCUUUGCUAUUGUUCUUUGAUCUCUCCAGUUCCAACGUGGGCCAUAUCACGUGAGCUACACAAGAGAGAAUGUCCGUUGAAAUAUAUUUGAACCUACUUAAAUGUGAUCAUUUUAAUGUAUAGGGCAGGAAUUUGACAGUAUUUUAUGGGAAGGAAUUUUCUCGCCACAAGUUCCAGAUUGCUCUUGGUCACAAGGAUGGGAUCACCUCAGGGAAACAGAACAUAGCUGAGUACUGCCUAGAGCCAGCAAGUCUGCAUCAGAUUUUGUAAAAUAUUUGUGGAAUCGUGAAAAGCUGAUGCUGUCUUCAUUGUUUAUGAUAUCAAGGGGAGUUGGCCAAAGUUGUGCUUUGGUGGGGUGGACUUGGGAAACAGCCUGAGCAAUGCAUCAGUGUUUGAGAUUUAUGAACUCGUAAGCAGUGCUUUACUAGAACAUGCUCAAAAGUGGUGGAACUGACAACUGAAAGGUUCAGACCUACGAGGAAAGCUUGUUAGCUAUACACAGAACAGUACACACUGUGAUGUACUCUUUGUUUUGAGCAUAUUAGUUGUUUCUUGCAUUAGAUUUUUGAUAUAUAUAUUUUUUAAUAUUCCUGAAGAGGAAUUUACAACAAAACAAAACUUGUUACAAAGUAGGUCCUUUCUGCAUUUACUGGAGUAUGUCUCAGCUGAAUGUGGAAUAAGAGGGCUAAGUAGCCAAGAGAAAUGUGCUCUAUAUCCAGCAAUUUUAGACUCUAAUUCUGCAGGCAUUUAUGCCUGUAGUUCUUAUAUGUGUGUGCAUGCAUGCACACACAUGAGGAGCCCAGUCCAGCUCAAGACUACUUGUAUAAAAAGUUAAACAAGAAAAAAAAAAAAAAAAAUUGCAGGUCUUUUCCGUCUUCUUGGCUGGCUGAGCCCCAGCAGGUCAUUUCCCUUCUCUGCCUGCUGUUUUUGCCACAUGCAAAAUGCGCGUGAUGCAAAAUAGGCUUGAUGUAUGCCUUUUAAACACAAUAUUUCUGACCAUCCUUCCAGAUUGUGAGUGUUCAAAGGAAAGAAUAUUUGUUUUUCUGAGACUGUAUUGCUCUCAAAAAGAAGGUGGGGAACUGUUCAGAGACAGAAUAAGCCUGCCUGUAGAUCAUGGCUCUCUAAUGAUACUUUUCGUUAUUACCAAAGGGCAGGACUAGCGCUCUUCAUGAGCUGAUAGGAAGUAACCUCUUUCUUUCCUCUUUCCAAAUGAAUAAAUGCUGUGACAGAAUACUUUCUGUGGUGAAGAUACAUUAGCAAUAAAGUAAAACUGCUAGCUUUUCUUAGGCAGAUGACAGGGAGUUCCAGCAAGAAAAUCUAGGAGAGCCUUGCCUAGUCAUAUCACCACAAACUGUGGAAAUGCUGUCAUAGUGAAGAGUAGGCUUCUGUGUCAAGAUUUCUCCUAGAAAGAGACUGUGAUACCAAGAGAGUGGAAACAAUAACUGUCAGUACUGAAAGUAUUUCAAGCUUGUGGAAGAAGGUAUAGAAAAGGGUUUUCUUCCACAAGUAAAAGUAGUAAACUUUGCAUCAAACCGGUAUAUAAACUGUGGGACUGAAGCUGGAGUUGAUUAGGUGAAGUUCUGUGAUCUGAUUAAAUAAUGUGAUGAGUAUCGUUUGGCCUCCAGUAUGCCAGUAUAUUCUCUAUUUCAAUUACUUUUUGUUUCUUAACUCUUUAAUGCCAGGCUUGUGCAUUAAAUCCAGCACAGAUGCAGAAGUCCUGAUUCUGUAUUAUUCUGUACAUUCUGUAUACAGUAUUCUGUGUAGCAGUCUACAUUAAUGCAAAGUAGAGCGAAAUACUGUCAAAUCAGACCAACUGUGUUUAUCACUCACUUUUCCUGCUGCUGGUGAUGGCACAAGGUGAAUAGUAAUGGUGAGCUAGCUCAUAAUCUUCCAAACAGAAGGUAGAGAGCAAACAAUUUGACAAGAUUAGUUAUUGUGGACCACAGAUAAAAGCUUAAUAUUUUAGCCAAGGCCUGUGUAAGCCAGGUUUAUUUUGAAAUAUGUCUGCUGUCAGGAGCCCAACUGGCUGUAUUUGCUUCUAAGUUUAAUCAUAUACAGAAUUACUCUUUUGAGCUGAGAAGAUGCUGAAAGGGAUUUAAUAGGAAUGCCUAUUUUGUGACAGGGCUUUUCAGAGACAGAAUGGCUUGCCCUGCCAAAUUUAAGGUCUGUAAGUUUAAUGGAACAUACUUUUUGGAGUGACAUUACAACCAAUGUUGGUCAGGCAGGAAUUGGCAGCAGUGCCUGGAGUAAUUAGAUUCAACGCUGUGGUGUACCACAGUUUAGAGUUUGCUGAUGCUUCUAAAUCAGUCCCUAAGACUUGUCUCUUAAGACCAUUUAUACCAGUCAGUCCGGCCACCUGUCUACCACAGGGCACAGAAUUCUACCCGGUAAUUCUGGCACCAGGUUUAGAACCACUGUUGAAUACCCAGAAUCCAAUGCAAAAGGUGCACAAACUUAGUUUGGAAGUUUCCUAACUAAGGAAACUUAGUUAGGCAGUUAGGAAACUGGUCCUUCUGAGCCUGUGUAGUCGUUAGCAGAAUGAUGGUUUACGAAGGAAUUAUUACAGGCUGGUAUAUGACCCAUUACAUGCAGCCAGGUUAUGUUUUUUAGUAAAUCAGUUGGAACUUACUAUUUUUCUAAAGUCAGGUUUUCAUGGUGACAAAAAUAAUAUUUAAAUUUAGGAGUAAGAAUAGUUAAAGUUUCAGUGACCCACCUAGAGGGCAAGAGAGAAGUGCCUCUGUAGCGUGGCAGGCUACCUACUGCAAGGCCUUACCUGUACGUUCCAGGCUUUGGUGCUGUGAAUAUUUAAGAAUUUUAUUCAAAGAGUACAGCUUCCACAACUGAAACUGAAAACAACCCCUCAGAACCCAAUGUUAGCACAGUGCUGCUUCCUGAAGAGGAAAGCUACUGGAGUCUGGCUUCCUUCUACAAAUCCCAGACCUGAACCAGUUUCCGCUGUCCUCUAGAGUAAAUGAGGCACUGUCCAAGCACCUAGUUCUAGGAAGGUGCUCGUAUCAAAGCAGCCUCUCCUCUCCUGUGUCACUAAUUUCCUUGAUUUUUGCAAAAGGUACUCUGUAGGGUUCAAUGAAAUAUAUCCAAGAAAACCAAAGGAAAGGAGAGAAAAAAGGAAAUGGUUUUUUUUCAUACUGAGAUGAAAUUAAGUGAAUUUUUUUGUGUGUGACCACUCAGUGAGCAGUCAGUUAUUCACUGAGCUCAGCUGCUAAAUUGCUUGUAAUGCUUUUGUCCAAUGCAUUGUAUUUAUCUAAUAUAUUUUUAAAUGCUUGGUUUGUAAAGGGAAUUUGUGUUAGCAAAACACAUUCCAGAAGAAGCCAGAAAUCAUGCAAGUAAGGCCAUCUUCAUAGCCUAAACCUAAUCUUAUCUAUUGGAAAGAUAACCAAGGGUUAUAGUUUAGGUUUAUAAGCCUUUAUAUAGCAUUUCAAAAUCCAGGAGGGUUUUGUUUUUAUCACUUAACCCCCCAUGUGCAGGUAGAAGCUAUUGUUUUCUGCUAGUCUGUAUAUUGCUUUGCAGAUUAGGGCAUAGGCUACUUGAAGGAUGCUUUCAUUGGGUUUCUUUUCAUCUGAACAUACAUUUUGGCCACUUCUGGGGCACAAUGCCCUGGAAGAUCAUUCUGUGACACUGCAGCUCUGUCAUGUGCAGACUUUGUGGAUAAAGGCAACUGCUUUCAUUUGGAGUGAGUUCUUUUGGUCAAAAAUGUAGCAGUGUGGGAGGAGCUAUGUGGAUUUACAUGGUUUCAGAAUUUUUCCUGAUCCCAAGCCCCGGUUUAAAACUGGAUUUCUUCAGCAGUCAGCAGUAGAGAGGGUGGUUAAACCAGUAGUGUUUUCAACUCUACAUCCAGCUUCUUGGCUCCUUGAACAAACUUCUCUGGCAGUAAGAAUUUUAAGUCUUACUGAAGCUGAUUGUAGGAUCAAAAUGGUUAUACUCAAGGGAAUAGAAAUCUAUGGAGGUCUGCUAAAAGUCAAAUUAUUUUGUCAGUCUGUUCAGGAACUAAGUAGGAGUAUUCCAUGUAACAUCAUACAGUCUGUAUAGGCUUUUGUCAGCUGUAUAGGUGGGAAGAGAACGCAAUUUGAAAUAAUUGAAAGAGGAGCUGAGAAUGGUGGAGAGUCUGUCUUGAGAAAGACAUAGCUGGCAGCAUUCAUGUUCAGGCAACAUUUUAAGACUCUUCACAAUGAUGUGUCUUUUGCUCGCUUCUCCCAAGUGUCAUAUUGCACAUUGCAUUUGUAUUACGAAGAGUGUUUAUUCACAAGGAAAAGUAACCUUCAUUUGUUAAAUCUGUGUCUUAGGACACCAUCAACUGUAGUCAGUGAUACUUUCAGUGAAGUAAAAUAUGGUGAGGCUGUACUGGUAGAUGAAUCACGAUUGCACAAAGCAACAGAAUAUGCUUUCUUCAGGUCACUGCCCUCCAUAUUUUGAAUCAAACUCUGCAGACCUCUAGACUUUCAGGGUAGUUCCCAGCACGUCUCAUUUGGCUAUUGAGACAUUUCAGUUAGCUUUGAUUUUGAGGCAUCACGCUAUUCCUUCAGUUUAUCACAGAUUAAGAUGCUCACUUUCCAAAAGGAGCUGCUUGCAGUAAACCACCGGGCUUGGUGCAAGGCCUGGCCAAGAAGGGGUGAUUCUGUCAUCCUCACCCCUCACAGGUAGUGCCUCGCUUACACAAAUGGCCUUAUUAGCUGUCUUUUAUUACUCACAAAGAAAAAUGUUGCUUAGUGUGAGUCAGAAUGGCAGAGUUGGGCCCUGGGUGAACAAAGAGUCCAGGAUUAUCGUUCCGAAAAGCCCCCUGAGGCCUGUAUCAAGAGUUAUUAAGCACUGAUUCAGCCCAUAGCAUUAUUUUGUAGGCUUAAGUGGGAUUUCAGUGGUAUAUUGGGUCUUGUGUCUGUGUAGGGGUGAAUUUUGCCCUCUGUUUUUUUUAUCUUAUAAAUAGCUGUUACAGUUUCUCUUUUACGUUAUUGUUUAAAUCUCUUUCAAAGGUAGGGUUUCUUAAUCCCCUGCUGCAUUUUUUUUUUCUUUCUUCUAAUACAGAAUAAAUAAAUUUGCAAAUCCACACAUGACUGAAACAAAAGGCAAAUAAGCCCUGCACAGUUUGUAUUUGGUGCUGGAUACCUCAUUUUGAUGAUUUCAGUCAUCAUUCAUCUGAAAGGCAGAAGCUAUGAUUGUUAAGCCUCAUUAUUUUCUAUGAAGCCUGAUAGUUUCAAGGUUAAACAGAAGACAUCUACUUUCAUCCCAGUGGCAUUUCUCUUCAAACAAGGGCAGCUCCUCACUAACUUGCAUGCUGCCGUGUACAGUGCCAUUGGCUGGUCCCAGUGUGGGGCACAGCUGAGCCUGACUUUAGGACCCCUAACCUGCAUCCCUGAAGGAAACCUCAAUCAUUAAAUACAUUUUUUACCCCUCUCCUGUAAGCUACAUGAUUUCUUUUUGACUGAGCACAGAUUUUAAUAAGCUCUGGUUUCGGAUUUUGCUGUUUCUGCUGUUUAUCAAGAAACAAUUGGCAGCCCAAACCUUCUGUUUUAAAUGUCACUCCUUUCCUUUAUGUCCUGAAGCACAUUAGAGAAGGUUUUAGUGAGAGAAAGAGAGAGAGAGAGAGGGACCUCCAGUGAUGUUUAAAGUGGUAAAAAAGCUGCAGUGGUGCUUCUGAAAGUAGAGGGUAGAAAGUCCUCAUUGCUGUUGAUAUUGAGGGUUGAUCUGUCAUUGUUUUCUGAAGUUGCACAUGGACUGAAAGCUGAUUUAACGGGGAAACAUCUCAGGAGGAGGAGCUGAGGAAAGUAUAACCUAUCAGUAACUAUGAGUUAAAACUCUCAGAACCCAGAAAGCAUAGAUUCAUCCACUUUGAGGAAUAAAUAUGCUGGAAAACCCCUGACUUUGUACUUGCAUGAACCGACUGUAGUGAUUUAGAACUGUCGGGGUAGCGCCUUCAGAAAGACAAAGUGCCGUAGAUUUAUGUUACAAAACAGGAAAAAAUGCUCUCAUUGGUCAAAAAAAGAAAAUCAAUACGUGGACAAUAGGAGGGAGAGGCAUGUCUAAGCAGUGACUCUUUACUUAUACUUAAAAAGUGAAAUUGAAGUCAUUAAAAGCUGAUUCUUUAGAGUCCCUGUGGAACAACUGUGUAGAACCAGGUGAACUUUCCACAUACAUUUCCCGGUGUCUGAUAAUUGCGUUAGGGUGGUGAAUUCUUAAUCAAGUUUCAGGAAUUAAGUCACCUGGUGAGUACAAUAAGAGGUGUAGUUUCAUGUCACUUUGUGGUUCCUGGAAAACAAGAGCGUUUCAGUACGUACCAUGUGUGUUAGUCACGACUUGUGGCAUUAAAUCCAAAACGUGUUAACUGGUUUUCCUGCACUGAUACAGCCAUUAGAUAAAAUGCGUUUUACAGUUUUGAUAAAGCAGUGUUAUUUUUUACUUCCUAUCUACAUUCCUUAUGUUAUAUAAUAUAUUAAAAAAAAAAAAAACUGUCUUUUCAGAUAAGAAGCAAUGGUCAACUUUACAGUAGUGAAUGCAGUUACUUGAACUUGUGGCUCUUUUUUAUCCAUUGUAGAAGCUGUGUGCAUAAUAUGCUGGUUACUGCUCUGAAAGUGUUCCACUACUUGCAGUGCCUAGCUCUGUACAGAUAGUUUAUUUGUGGGAUAGCGUUCAUGGAAGAAUUCCGUAAAUUUGAAGAAAUAGCUUAAAUGCAAGAUUGCUGGAAUGCUGAAAAUAAAUGCAUGUAAAUGGAAAAACCCUGAACAAAUUUAGCCCUUUGUGUUUCCCUACCUACAAAAGGAAAGAACAAAUUAAGCCACCAAGAUGCUGGACAUGCUUAUAGCCUGUCCAUUAAAAUUAAGGAUUACAUGGCCCUCUGACCCACUUAUUUUGACUGUUAAUUUUUCUGUAGUCUCCUUAACAGUCAUACAGGCCACCUUCGAAUAUCAUUGUGCACAUCAGAGACUUGGCUUGUCAUGUACUUUGAAAAAGCUUCUGACAUAAAACACAUGGGGUUUGGGCAUAAAUUUAUAAAUUGAACAAUAAAAAUGUCUUGCACUGCUGGGUAACAGCAGGGUAUUUUUUGAAGCUAAGUGUUAAGUUUAAGAAGAGGUAUGAAUUGGCCAAAUUUUUAAAAGUGCAGGAACUGAACAUUGUGCUGACACCAAAGAGUACGUGUGCCACAAUUGCUGCACAAGGUUUUGUGUUAGUUCCUUGUGGGGAUUCACAGACUGCAUAUACUAUAAAAGAAAAGCAAGUUGGUAUGUAUCCCGGACUGCAGAUGGGUUGGGUUUUAGGUUAAAAAGUUUUCUGUAAGUUGUCUGCAUUUUCCCUUAAUGUCUCUCUUUUACAGUAGUGCUUUGUUUCUGAGCGUGACCACCACCAGGACAGCUUGGUUCAGUGCAAACACUGUCUCUUUCAGCCAGAACAUUCCUAACGUUAGCUUCCUUUUUUUUUUCUCCUCUCCCUCUCCCCUG